UGCAGCCAAUCAGAGCGCUGGAGCCUCCCUCCGAGACUCCACUAUUGAGUCUAUAACCGGCUGGCCGGGCGGAGCUGGCAGCAUUUGACUGUGGCUUGGGACGCGACGAGAGGCGCGCAGCGACCGCCCGAAGGCCUGCCAUGGUCUAGGCGCCCCUCGACCUCCCCUCCCCCGAGACCCUGCGGGCCCUCCCCUCGGCUCCCCAACGCACACCCCUGCCUCGUCUCCUGCGCCUCCUCCGCGCCCCUGCCGGCUUCGGCUCGGCGGCCCAGGCCAGCCCCAGGACUCGCGGCGCCCGCCAGGAUGAGUGGCUCCUUCGAUCGCAAGCUCAGCAGCAUCCUCACCGACAUCUCCAGCUCGCUAAGCUGCCAUGCAGGCUCCAAGGACUCGCCCACCCUGCCCGAGUCCUCUGUCACUGAUCUGGGCUACUACAGCGCUCCCCAGCACGACUACUACUCGGGCCAGCCCUACGGCCAGACCGUGAACCCCUACACCUACCACCACCAGUUCAAUCUCAACGGGCUUGCGGGCACGGGCGCUUACUCGCCCAAGUCGGAAUAUACUUAUGGAGCCUCCUACCGGCAAUACGGGGCGUACCGGGAGCAGCCACUGCCCGCCCAGGAUCCAGUGUCCGUGAAGGAGGAGCCGGAAGCCGAGGUGCGCAUGGUGAACGGGAAGCCCAAGAAGGUCCGCAAGCCCCGCACCAUCUACUCCAGCUACCAGCUGGCCGCCCUGCAGCGCCGCUUCCAGAAGGCCCAGUAUCUGGCGCUGCCCGAACGCGCGGAGCUGGCCGCGCAGCUGGGCCUCACGCAGACACAGGUGAAGAUUUGGUUCCAGAACCGCCGCUCCAAAUUCAAGAAGCUGUAUAAGAACGGGGAGGUGCCCUUGGAGCAUAGUCCCAACAAUAGUGAUUCCAUGGCCUGCAACUCACCCCCAUCACCUGCCCUCUGGGACACCUCCUCCCACUCCACUCCAGCCCCUGCCCGAAGCCAGCUGCCCCCGCCGCUCCCCUACAGUGCCUCCCCAAGCUAUCUGGACGACCCCACCAACUCCUGGUACCACGCACAGAACCUGAGUGGACCCCACUUACAGCAGCAGCCGUCUCAGCCGGCCGCCCUGCAUCACGCCUCCCCCGGGCCCCCGCCCAACCCUGGGGCUGUGUACUGAGCACCCCACCUGACCUGAACCUCCCACGAAGGACCCGGGACCAGGCAGAAGGCGCCUCUGUCCUAGCCGACACUCAGGAAUCAUCGAGGAGCACAGGGGAAAGGGCACCCCUUUCCCCCUUCCCUUGCCCCUUCCUCCAGAGAUCCAAGAGCUUCCAGAUGAAAUUUGCAUGGACCAAGGAUGUCCCCUGAACCUCCCUCCCCCUUGCCUAGACACCGGGGUACCCCUCCAGACGUUGGGGCGCUCCACUCCAGCUGGGACAGCUGUUCCCCUUCCGCUCCGGGAGCCUGGAUUGGCUUUUCAUGGCCCGUCACCUUCCAGCUUCUAAAACUUAGUGCUCAUUCCACAGACUGGAGAACUCGGGGACCGGGGACACUGUGCAGCAUUUGCAGGUCAGGCCUGGGCUGGGGCACCAGGCACCAUGGAUCCCGGGACCUGCUAGGCCUGGUUCCUCCUAAGUCACUAAGCCACCUGUGGCUCCCCACUUCCUGAGCAAUCCCUUCUGCCAAAAAGACAUUGGACAUGGUGACCAGGACUCAGGGUGGGGAUGUCAACCCCCAGCCCGCACUUCUAGCCCUCGUUUCAGAUUUGAGGGUUAAACCAAAGAAACCCCCCCAAGUGAGGGUGUCUUUUAAUAUUUGUGGCUUUAGAGGGAAGAGCCCAAGGAGCCGUCUCUCUCCUCUCUCCCCCUCUGGUCAGAGAGGGGUGGUGGGUCUCAGGUGUCUUUCCUAAGGACCCACUUCUUCUUCCGUGUACAGGACUUUGCACAACUUUGGUUUUAAAAGCUGUUGAAAACUAGGAAAACAAAGGGCAUUGUUAACAGAUAGGACCAAUCUCCCCUGCAUGGGCACUUCUGCCCUGCCCCACCCCCACCCACCUCUUCCUCUCCUCCAGUAAGUUGGCAGUUUGGGCGCCAAGCCCCAAAUCUCCAAGGAAACCUACCAGGCAAGACAGACCCCCCCCCGAAACAUCCCCUUUCCGGUGGCUUUGGAAGCAGAUUGCUCCCGCAGAUGGAGAACGGUGUGUGAGGCGCGCGGAGAGAGAGGGCAGGGUUACGGCUCCGUGCCUUUAGGGGUGAGGGGGUGGCUGUCUGGAGGGCUGGUAGCACUACCCUUCCUUGGCCCAGACGUCCCCCCCAGAGCUCACCUUCCUCCACCCUGAUGUGGUCAAACGUCGAAGAAAAGGGGAGGUGGAGGACUGUAGCUAUAUAUACAGUAUGUAUUUUUUUUUUUUUUUUAAGAACAACAGAGAGAACCAGCCUCCUCCCUACUGUGGUUUCCUAUUUAUGUGGCCCUUGCCUCCUGGACGUACCUGCCUGUGCGUUGUGAGCAGAGAGAAACAGGGAUGUGGGCUCCGGCUGGAUUGGGGUUUGGUGGGAGGUACAGGAACAAGGAGACACUUGGUAGGUCUCAGAGUCCCACCCUAGGGGGACGGGAACGAAGCCAACACCCACUCCCUCCCAGCCUUCUCCCUUCUGCUUUCUUACUGGACCCAUCUUUAUAUAUAACGUUAAUAAAAAAGAAGAAACUAA